CUUAGCUCGCGGAACAGCGAGGCGUGUGGAUCCAAUGAGAUCACGCCGCGUCCAGGGCCCGGUGGCUGCAACGAGCCGGUGACUGCUGUAGCACUGAUAUCAAGACAACGCUGUGCAGCGUGACUAUAAAACACCGCCGCUGCUACCGCAUGGGUUCUGCUCAGUCGGCAUUAAUCUGACAUUUACCAGGGAGCAGUAUUCAAGUCUGAGAAGUGCACGAAGAGCUUUUCUUAUUGUUCACGCUGUCAGAUAAGCUUCACCUGCACCAGUCAUUCAGUUCCCAUAGAAAAACUUCUACCACUCAAGGUUACAAUGAGGGAAAAGCUGCCAUUAUUGGCGUUGUUCUGCCUCGCCCUAGCACUCUUUCCUUCUCCAACAGCUUCAGUUGCUGUGAUGUCUGUAGACCUGGGAAGCGAAUGGAUGAAAGUAGCUAUAGUUAAGCCUGGUGUGCCGAUGGAAAUCGUCCUGAACAAGGAGUCCAGAAGGAAAACUCCAGUGGCUGUAUGCUUAAAAGAAAACGAACGACUUUUUGGGGACGGCGCUAUGGGAGUGUCUGUGAAGAAUCCUAAAGUGGUGUACAGGUAUAUCCAGAGCCUUUUGGGAAAGACCGCAGACAACCUACAGGUUGAGCACUAUCAGAAACACUUUCCCGAACACCAGUUAGUCCGAGAUGAAAAGAGGGGAACGGUGUAUUUCAAAUACUCUGAGGAGAUGCAGUAUACUCCAGAAGAGUUCUUGGGCAUGGUACUGAACUACUCUCGUGGCCUGGCUGAGGAUUUUGCAGAACAAAUCAUUAAAGAUGUAGUCAUCACCGUUCCAGCCUUUUUUAACCAGGCAGAACGUAGGGCAGUCCUGCAGGCUGCUCAGAUGGCAGGUUUGAAGGUCCUUCAGCUCAUCAAUGACAAUACAGCUGUGGCUUUGAACUAUGGACUCUUCAGAAGGAAAGAUAUCAACGCAACUGCCCAGAAUGUGAUGUUUUAUGAUAUGGGAUCAGGCAGUGCAACGGCCACUAUAGUCACUUACCAGACAGUGAAGACCAAAGAGGCAGGCACACAGCCUCAGCUGCAGAUCCGUGGAGUCGGCUUUGAUAGGACCCUUGGGGGUUUUGAAAUGGAGCUGAGACUGAGGGACCACCUAGCCAAACUGUUCAACGAGCAAAAGAAAUCAAAGAAAGACAUAAAGGAGAACGCACGUGCCAUGGCCAAGCUGCUGAAGGAGGCGCAAAGAGUCAAGACAGUGCUGAGCGCAAAUGCCGAACAUGUAGCUCAGAUUGAGGGGCUGAUGGAUGAUAUUGACUUUAAGGCGAAGGUAUCCCGUGCUGAAUUCGAGGCUCUGUGUUCUGAUCUUUUUGACCGAGUGCCAGUCCCAGUGCAGCAGGCACUUACUGCUUCUGAGAUGUCUCUGGAUGAGAUUGAACAAGUCAUUCUGGUUGGAGGAGCCACUCGAGUUCCCCGAGUGCAGGAAGUGCUUCUUAAAGCAACAAAAAAAGAUGAGCUGGGAAAGAACAUAAAUGCUGAUGAGGCAGCAGCUAUGGGUGCAGUGUACCAGGCUGCAGCUCUGAGUAAAGCAUUUAAGGUCAAACCCUUCCUGGUCCGAGAUGCAGCCAUCUUUCCAAUACAGGUGGAAUUUAGCCGUGAGACUGAGGAAGAAGAAGGUGCGAAGGGACUCAAGCACAAUAAGCGCAUUCUGUUUCAGAGGAUGGCGCCAUAUCCCCAGCGCAAAGUCAUCACCUUCAACCGUUACACUGAUGACUUCAUUUUCAAUAUUAACUAUGGAGACCUCAGCUUCCUCAGUCCAGACGAUCAGAAGAUGUUUGGCUCUGUGAACCUGACCACAGUGAAGCUGUCUGGAGUGGGUGAAAGCUUUAAGAAGCACUCUGACGCUGAGUCCAAAGGCAUCAAGGCCCAUUUCAACAUGGACGAGAGUGGUUUGCUCAUUUUAGACAGGGUGGAGUCAGUGUUCGAGACUGUUGUAGAGGAGAAAGAGGAAGAAUCAACUCUCACUAAACUGGGGAACACGAUUUCAAGCCUGUUUGGAGGUGGGAGCACAGAGCCCGCUGCUAAUGUGACAGAACCAGUACAGGAUGAAGAGGAGGUUCCUCCCGAAGCUGGAAAAGACCAGGAAGAGGCGGUUGAGAAGACUGAUGAGGCUGCCCAAGAGCAAUCUGAUAAGGAGGAGAAAGGCCAGGGGGAGAAAAGCAAAGAAGAGCCUCAGACUGAGGAGAAGAAAUCUGAUGAAGGCUCUGACAAAGAGGAGCCUCAGGCAGAGAAGGAGCCUGAGGGAUCAGAAAAGUCUGAUGAAGGGAAAGCAGCAAAGGAGGAAGAGAAGGAGGCAGAGAAGAAACCUAAACCCCAGAAAAAGAGCAAAAUCUCAGUCGAUAUUGCAGUGGAGCUGGAGGUUAACGAUGUGCUUAACCCUAGCUCAGAAGACAUUGAUAUCUCCAAAAAGAAGCUGCAGGAUCUGACGGACCGAGAUCUAGAAAAACAAGAGAGGGAGAAGUCACUAAACAGCCUGGAGGCAUUUGUCUUUGAGACUCAGGAUAAGCUGUACCAGGAUGAGUACCAGGCUGUGGUCACUGAAGAGGAAAAGGAGGCAAUCUCCACCAAGCUCAGUGAGGCUUCAGCAUGGUUGGAUGAUGAGGGCUAUUCAGCAGGAACCAAAGAGCUGAAGGAGAAGCUGACCGAGCUGAAGAAGCUGUGCAAAGCCAUGUUCUUCCGAGUGGAUGAGAGGAAAAAAUGGCCAGAAAGACUAGCAGCACUUGACAGCAUGCUCAACCACUCUUCCAUGUUCCUGAAGGGUGCUAAAUUGAUAUCAGAAGAUGACCAGAUUUUUACUGAAGUUGAGCUGAAGACCUUGGAGAGAGUCAUAAAUGAGACUAUGACCUGGAAGAAUGAAACUGUGGCUGAGCAGGAGAAACGCUCUCCUACAGAGAAACCCGUGCUGCUAUCUAAAGACAUUGAGGCCAAGCUCUCCCUCUUAGACCGAGAGGUCACCUACCUGCUCAACAAAGCCAAGUUUGCCAAGCCAAAGCCCAAACCAAAACCUAAAGACAAGAACUCCACCAGCUCAGAGAAUGGCAAAACUAACAGCACAGACUCGGAGAAAGUCAUCCCUCCCAAAGAUGAGUCCAAUGGAGCGGAGGAGGUGAAACCAGCAGAGGAACCUCCCACUGAGGAAAAUAAAAAAGAAGAGACUGAGACAGAGCCAACAAUAGAAGAAAAAACAGAAGAAACAACAGGGGACGAUGAUUCACAAGCCCAUAUAGGGGAUGAAUUAUAACAACUGGAACAUCUCAUUUUUGUGUUGUCGUAUUUAUUGACUGUGAUUAAAGGGUUUUUUUUUUUUUUUUUUUUUUUUGUACACAUCAUCUGUUCUCCUCGGAUCACAACCAAACAUUUCAGAGCAUUUUAGAUAAUGUCAGCAUUUUCAUACAGUAGCUCGCCAUUUGGUAAAUGUGAUCUACUGAAACUGAAUACAUUCAGCUUGAAAGUCUAUGAGCAACUACAGUCUGUUAAUCCUAUCUGCCUGUAUGGAAUGCACACAUUGCAGCUUUUCCCUCAUUCUGUGUGCACUUGUUAUUGGGAUUAUACAUACACAAAAUGAGCUCACUCCAUGUAAAGUUCACUGUGUCCUCACAAAUAUUUUAACAUUUUGUGCUGGAGUCUAGACAUUCAACCUAAAAUCUUAAAUUCUAAUUUCUUUUGAGAAGAGAUGCAAGAUGAAUUUGAUGAAUAUGAUUAAGAAUUUUUUUUUCUACACCAGUUUGUCAUCUACAAUUAAAUUUCUGGUAAUUUGCAUAACCAGACAAGAUGAAAAAUUUAAAAUAUAGGUCUUUUAAGAUGACUCCUUUCCUGGGCUUUUGUUUUGCUUCAUUGUAUGUGUCUAGAAAUGCCGAAUUCUUUAUCAGUGGAAUACAAUAACCAAACAAAUGUGAAAUUUGACCUUUUAUAAAUUCAAUUUCUGUGUAUGGAUCAUGUCACUUCAAUAUUUAGUCCCAUUGUCUUACUGCAUUUGCAUUAUACACUGACUGACCACUUUAUUAGGAACACCUGUACACCUGCUUAUUCAUGUAAUUAUCCAACCAGCCAAGUGUGUGGCAACAGUUCAGUGCUUAAAUUCAUGCAAAUUUAAGAGCUUCAGUUAAUGUUCACCUCAAACAGAAUGGCACACCAGUCUCUAGAGUUUACAAAGAAGGAGGAAAAACAAAAAAAAACAUCUUUUGAGAACAGCAGUUCCGUGAGUGGAAAUGCCUUGCUGAUGAUAAAGAUCAGAGGAGAAUGGCGUGCGUAUGCCAAGAAAACAUUCCCCGCACUAUUACACCACCUCCACCAGCCUGGGCUGUUGACACACGGCAGGUUCGGUCAUUGGAUUCAUGCCGUUGGUGCCAAAUUCUGACCCUACCAUCUGUGUGGCUCAGAAGAAAUCGAGAUACAUCAGACCAGGCUAUUUUUUCCGAUCUUCAACUGUCCAGUUUCAGUGAGCCUGUGCCCACUGCAGCCUCAGCUUUCUGUUCUUGGCUGAUAGUAUUGGAACUCCAAUAUGGUCUUCUGUUGUAGGUUUGACAUGUUGCUGGUUCUGAGAUGCUUCUCUGCUCACUACAGUGGUAAAGAGUGCUUUGAGUUACCGUAGGCUUCUUGUCAGCUUGAACCAGUCUGGCCAUUUUCCUGUGCUGAAAAUUUCUGUCUGCAUUAUUACCACUUGCUGAAUGGUUGGUUGGUCGGUUGGUUGGUUGUUUUGCGCCAAGUUUUUUGUGUGAAAAUCCCAGAUGAUCAGCAGUUUCAGAAUUAUUCGAACCAGUCCCUCUGGCAGCAACAACCAUGCCAUGGUCAAAGUAAUUGAGAUUGCAUUUCACCCCCAUUGUUUGAUGUGAACAUUAGCUGAAGCUCUUGACCUAUACCUGCAUGAUUUUAUGCAUUGUGCUGCUGCCACGUGAUAAUUUGGAUAAUUACAUGAAAUGAGCAGGUGUAUGGGUAUUCCUAAGAUAGUGGACAGUGAGUGUAGGUUAACACCACUGAUGAACAUGCUACCAUUAGCUUUUUUUUUUUUUUUUUUUUUUUGGCAUCCACAUCCACUCACCUCUAUUACCGGUGAAUUUCUCACUGGACUGCACUGACAUUAAGGAAGUUGUAGUUUUUUUCUUCCUAUGAAAGCUUUUGCUGUUCCAAGAAAGUAAAAAUGCGAAUUCUUUAUUCCUCCUUUUCAUCUGUUCCCAUUCUUUUCACCUUUCCAUUGUCUUUGUUUCUGGUCUGUGGAGGAAAGAGUAUAUAAUGUCUGGGAAAGGGAUAUUUUGUUUCUAAGCUGUUAAUAAAAUCUUUUUUAAAUCUC